CUAAACCUCCAUGAGAGCGAUAACUCCGGUCGCGUAGUCGUGAUGCUCGUGAUUGCUCGUCGUGUGUUCCCAAGAACGAGACAUUUACCGGUUAACAUUUGUCUGGAAUAAUACUUUUUUUUUUCAUUGUUCUAUUAAAAUAUUAAUGGGUGACAGGAUGACUGUCACCGUUUUAAAUACGACACCGGAAUACGUUGAAUUCAUCAAGUCCAAAGAUCUAUCUGUUAUUCACUUUUUUGCACCAUGGGCAGAACAGUGCAAACAAAUAAACGACGUUCUAGAAGAAAUGAUAUCAUUGACAGAGUACAAAAAGGUCAAGUUUGCGAUGAUAGAGGCAGAGAAUUUACCUGAAGUUUCUUUAAAAGCUGGCAUCGCCGCCGUACCAACAGUUUUAUUAUACAAAGAUGAGGAAAUAAUAGAUAGAAUCGACGGAGUUAAUCCUGCGUUGUUGAUCGAAAAAGUAAAAAAACAUUUAACUACCCAAGACUCGGCUCGUGCCGAAGUAGUAUCGCCAAAGGAUACGCUAGAAGCCAGAUUAAAGAAACUUAUAAAUCAUGCACCUUGUAUGCUCUUCAUGAAAGGAAAUCGUGAACAUCCACGCUGUGGUUUUUCAAGAACUAUGGUCGCUCUCCUCGAUUCUCAUAGAACGGACUAUCAGACGUUCGAUAUACUCCAAGAUAACGCAGUCAGAGAAGGUUUGAAGAAGUUUAGCAAUUGGCCGACUUAUCCCCAGUUGUAUAUUAAUGGCGAACUUAUCGGUGGAUUAGACAUCGUAAAAGAAAUGAGUGAUUCGGGUGACCUAGACAGUAUGUUGCCUAAAAAGAGUGUCUCCCAAGAUAGAAGUUAAAAUAGGACCACAGCUAACUAAUUACGUCUACAUUUCCUUAAAUUAUCUAAUACCACAUUUUUAUCUACAACUGGAAAUAAUUUUUAUUUAAAUAGUUCGAUGUUUAUGAGUUUACGAAAUCCCAAAAUUUCAAAACGCACGUUUAUUUGUUGAUAUUUUCUAUCUAAUGUAUAUUAUCUAGUAGAAGAUUAUAUAUCUCAUUUUCACCUUGUUAUGUAAAAUGCAAGCAUUUCGCACGAACACGAAAUGUACUUUAUAACUUAAUUCUUUUUUUUUUGUUGUUGUUAUAACAUUGAAUACAAAAAUAUUAAAAAUUAUUUAUAUUCAUUUAUUUAUAAAUUCAAAUGCAAAUUACAAAUUGCACUCUGUGUAAUUGUACAUAAAUCAAAUAAAAUGACAGUUUUCCAGCUAACGCGCGUUGUUGCUCGCUUUUCGCUUAUUCGCGAAAAGUCGAAAGCGGAGGUAGCGAAAUCGCUGGAGCUUCGAUUUACUUGUUUUAUUAUUAGUCUCUUUAAAUAAUAAUAUACCACGCUCGUUACAAACUUACUUUUUUUUUUUAAUUAAAUAAUCGAACACAAUGACCUAAUUAUUUGUUACUUCUCUUAUUUUUCAUUCCAAUUUGUGCUCCUUUCUUAGCACCAGCAACGAUCCCUCGAAGCUUCGUUGCCAUCUUUUUCUUCUUUCUGAAAAUUGAUAUGUUUGUUCGUACCACAAGAUAUUGUUUUAUAAGUUGACAAUUUUUUUUUUUAAUACUACCACGUACCGCUUAUUUAGAGCAGCUCUUGUCAAUGGCAAGUAAGCAUAUGGAUCAGGUUUGCCCUUCUUCUUAACGUCACCUCCUGCUUUGUGCGCACGAUAUUCCGAACCAGGCGUCUGUUCCAUUUUUUUCAUUUUUAUUGGUCGAUGAAUACCCGAUCCUCCAGCUGUAACAAAAAUAAGUUUUGUUAGAAAUCGUAUUCUUUAGUAAAAUUAUUUCCCGACAUUCUUACUACUCACCUCGAUAUUUCGAUGUAGCAAAACUCUUUAAACUCGCAGUAUCAGAAUUUGUACUAUGUUUCCGCUUUCGACUCGCAGGAUUCGCCGAUACUAUUGAUUUCUUGUCCUCUUCGUCGUCUUCUGCAAAAAAAAAAAAAAAAAAAAAAAACACAAGAAA